GAGGAAGAGAUUGUAAAAGUACAAAGUUUUCUCAUAUAAAAAACUGGAUUUUGAGCAAAGGAAAAAAGUGCUUAAGAGAAGGAUACUAACAAAAAGGCAGCAGGCAACCGUGGGCAGGAAGAGCAUUCAAGGAGGUGCAGCAGUCUUAAGAGCUGGGGUCAAGGCAUGCUCUGUCAUUUGCAUAAUGAAUUAGUAAACAUGCUACGUACAGCCUGCAGGGGGCGCAGUCAGGUUCCCCGCCUGAGACUGGUAAACAAAGAUGGAGGAUUUCCCUUCUUUAGACUGUUUUUUUUUUUUUUUUUUUUUUUUUAACAAAUGUUAGCAUCGCUGUCAACAAAGCUACGUGAUAUAAAUGAUGUAAACAUGCAGGAGGUUUAGUUUCCUGUAAAUAAUUGUUGGCAGCAACAUCCAGACGAGCACCACGAACCAUUUUCAUGAAAAUGCGACGACACAUUCGAGCUAGAUUUAAAUGAUCGAGUGAACGUGAGGGUUGCUGCAGCAGCGUUUCAGUCAUGCUAGCUAUUUGUAAACUUUUAAGAAGAGUACUUUUGUGGCACUGGUGUGUAGAAUUUAGCAUGCUAAUGGUUUCUGAAUAGCACAAGCCAAACUAUACUGUCAACUGAACAGAAUUCGUUUUUUUGUACAGUUUGGCGAGGGUGUUAAGGUGGCGACCUCCAGAGGGCGGUGCUGAGCUGCAUGCGUCUGGUUCAACAGCAGAAACACAGCAAGUACCAUCCAGAUGUUCAGUCACGUGACAGAGGUCAGAGUUCAGCAACAGGGUGUGAGAGCAGCAGGAUGUCGGUGGUGUAGCGAGGGCUGAUGGUCAGGUCACAGGAAGUGAUGACACAGAUGUUCAUCCGGACUUCAGGAUAACUGCAGAGUGAGAGGCAUGUCGGACUAAACUCUCGAACGUGAACUCAGUGACGUCACACUCACGUCCCCAGUUGAAGGCGAUUGCGGCAGCAAUGAUGGCGACGCCCCCCAGGAUGGACACGAUGGACAGAACCAUGGCGUUCCGGCCCAGACGGCGGGCGCCGUCGAUGUUCCCCUGCUGCAGGCUGUUCCGGGACUGCAACACAGAACUCAGUUUGGAUCACAGUUCCUGGGGAUCACUGAGGUCAUGAGAGGUCACACUCGCACCAUGACGGAGAACGUUAGCGCAACAAUGUUGAUCGGCCAGAGGGGGCAGAAGCAGGACAGGAUGGCAAGGAGAAGGUAGUCUCUGGGUUUGGAGCCGUCGGCUGCGGGCUCGUUGAGGGUGCUGGGCUGCCGAGUCAGCGACGGACGAGGAGAGCCGGCUGCCACCGAACUGGAGCGACUGGCGGGGCGAGCCCGCCCAUUCGUACCGGCUUUGGCGUGUGGUUCUUUUGGUGACAGUUUGGAGUCCACGGUGAGCGGGGCGAUGCCAUUGGCUGCAACACAGUUAAAGACCAGCGGAGCCGCAACAAAACGUGCUUCAUUCAACUGUGAAACAAGACUCACUUGUAGGGGAGUCCUCGCUGACCAUGGUCAGGUGGUCCUUCUCCGGCGGCUGGGCUUGAUGCUCGCUGCUGGACGGUUGACUGGUGACGACUUCCAGGUCGCCUCCUUCUGGCGCCUGGUCCGGCAUCUCUGGUUUUGGUUGGGCUUCCAUCAAGUGCGGGAGUAAGGGACCGGUGAGCGUAGAAGAUGAGCUUUUAGGAAAAGUCAGCCUCGUCCAUCAUCACCCGACACACACUGGCCAAGACCCUGCCAGAGAAACAGCAAACACUGAGGGCCUCACCAAGGCUGCUGGUCACCGGGUGAUCACCGAGAGGACCACCUGACCUCACAGUAGCCUCAUCUGGAGGAGGAAGCCGAGUGAGUGCGAUGAUUCCGACGAUAAUGAGAGUGAUCGAUGGGAAGACUGUUGUCAUGGAAACGUUUCUCCAGCAUCAGCAGCACAAACAAACAUACAAAUGAAGCCCAAACACACCGAUGGUCACAAAUGGUGUCUGCAGUUCCUUUACUACUGGUCACAUGACAUUAGACGGUGCCUCAUGCAGACAGACACACACACACACAGACAGACACACCCUCCGCAGCGUCCCACUCACCGGGGCGUUCGGUAAAUCCUGUCGUCUCAGCAGAGAUGGAAUGUUCUGGUGCAGCAGCAGGUUCGAUCUGCCAAAGCCUGAAGCCUCAGAUUCUGAAAACCACAAGAACCAGAGUGGUAACGCAGCGAGUCUGCUGCAGCCCACUGCACCAGAGAUGGAGGUGUGUGUGUUUGUGUGUGUGUGUGUGUGUGAGAGUGAGAGAGAUAGAUGGAGAGCGAGCGCGAGCAUGGAUGUGCAUGCGCGUGUGCUCACCAGUGUCGGCCUUUCACCGUGUCCUGGCUCGUCGGUAUGUCACGAUUCCGGGCAGAAAUCCGGUUCGUGUGGCGAUGGUAUCGUCCCAGACCUGGUCCGCAACCACGUGACUUCUUUCACUCACCAUUCUGAACUCGUUUCUGAUGCUUUACCAUCAUAGCUGGGCUAAAGUCCAUCGUUUUAAUCCCAUUCGCGAUAUUUGUUGCCCUGACUUGGCGAUUUUAAAAUCGUUUCCUCUCACAUGACUAGAGACGUCGGUAACUAUGGCAACGCGUACAAUUGCGUUCCUCCACUGCACUUCCGAAGUUUUCAUCGUUAAAUUGACGUUAAAUUUUAACCGCUACUGAACGAACGUUUUCAUUCAGAAUUGAAAUAUAGACGAUAAUAAUUGUUUAAUUUUAAACUAUGGCCAUGAACAGUAACAUAAAGUCUUUUAACCACAGACACAUGAUCAAUGACUGUUCACGCAACAAUUCAACACAUUUAUACUCCUGAGAACAAACAUAUAACAGUGACGCUCAUGCUUUUAUUCAGAAAGCGCCAACCACUGUCAUAUUUGAGCUGUCGUCACUUCCGUCGCCAUCAUGACCCGACUGCAGCUGCUCAGCUCGUUUCUGACCGAGCGGCUAGCCGCGGUGGUCAAAGAGGUGCUGGCCGUGGUGGAGGACACGGUCACCGAGUAUCGAGAGGAGACGGAGCGGGCCCGGCAGGAGAGCGAGAGUCUGCGGCGACAGCUGCGGGAAGUUGUGGAGGCCGAGACCCGCUGGCUGAAGUCCGGCCGGUCCACUUCUGCAGCGUCCGCCCCGGAGCAGUGGAGCCAUCGUCUGGAGGAACCCGAUUCAACUCUUCACCUUAUCAGAACCCCCAACUUGGCCGAAGCUACAACCCAGUUCCUCACAGCGUCUCGAGAUGCACCUGGUCAGGUGACGCCAGACGGCCACCAGGAGGCGUUCGUGAGAACAUCCCCGUUUCCUCAGGUGGCCUUGACUUCACCUCAUGUUGACAGGCGAGAUUCAACAGUGUGCAUAGUCAAAACGGAACCUGAGGAACACAAACUAACGCCCCCUGCUGGUCAGGACGUGAGCGUCCGGACAUCGGUUUUGUUUCUCCACGGAGACCGACCGAAGACAGAAGAGUCUGCUGUCCACCAGGGGUGUGUCAACGGGUCGUCCUCUCCUCAGGUGCCAGUCAUCACGCCGCCACAUCAGCCCCUGAAACCAGGAACAGGCCAAGUUGGAAGUGCGCCCCCUCCUGGCCAGCUAGAUCAAGACAGUUCUCAGUGGUCCGGUCCGGUCAGGAAUGUGGGCAGAAACACUCCAGAAUCUGAAGAGGAGGCCUCAGUGGCCGCUGUCCCACGCUGCCCCCGCUGUGCUGAGGUGUUCAGCCACACCGCUGCGCUGCGCCUCCACCUGGAGCAGAAGCGCAAGUUGUACGCCUGCGACUGGUGCUGCAAGUCCUUUGCUCAGUCGGCCGACCUGCGGCGGCACCUCCGGACGCACACCGGCGAGCGGCCGCACCGCUGCAACAUCUGCUCCAAACGCUUCAGCCAGCGUGGGAACCUGCGGCGCCAUCUGCGGAUCCACACGGGCGAGCGUCCGUACAGCUGCCCACACUGCUGCCGCAGCUUCAGCGACAGCGACACCAUGAAGAAGCACAAGCGCACGCACUCCGGAGAAAGACCGUACCGCUGCGGCCGCUGCGCCCGCCACUUCACCAGUGCCAGCGGCCUGCAGGUCCACCUGCGGCGAGACCUAAGCUGCCGCAUCGACGCCUGACGCACACAACCCGCUGUCAUCACUGCAGAACUUCAGUCAGUCCAAUGAGGUCAUCUCUCUCGUAGACCUGUGAUGUCACUUUUUUCUUCAACUGGGAAGCUGUUGUCUCUUCCUGAUACAGUAGACCAUGAGAAUCCUGAUGUGAAGCUGCGCCCUCUAGGGGAGAGGACACGACAUUGCUGGUCUUUUGAAUCUAAUAUUUAUUUGCUAACUUAAUUCUGAAUUGAUAUUAUUUUUGAUAUUUGUCUGUAAAUCGACACCUAUAGAUUUUAGAUCGUCAAUAAAGCAGUCACGUUUCAGCAGGGGGCACCAGUGAGUCCGUUUUAUUGCCACAGAAACGGGUAAAUCACUUCAGUACAACGGGAAAAGAAUUGUUGAUCUUUUUUUUAUUUGCACCUCUGGUCGUCCUUACCCCCUUCUCCUCCUCCAUCAGACCGUCUCUCAUCAAGUCAACGUUCCUGUGGGUGACUUGCUGACUCGCUCCAUAAAUGAGUUGGUACCGAUGUGAAAAUGAAGUGAAAGUCCCUCCACUCUUCCCCCCUCUCUCCUCACCAAAUAUGAAGCAUCACAUGACCAGUAAAAAAAAACUUUAAUCAACAAGUAACAACGAGCAUGAGGUCGCGUGGUCGCCACCACAGACGUGCCUGCAGGAGGACGGUGGCCUCAGGGCCGGGCCCCCCAGCUUCCAGCUCGCUGGUCCUGUAGCUCGUCUCUGUCCAUCACCGUGGAGACCAGGGUCAGUGUCCGGGAGUGCCGUCCGAGGGUCUCCUGGAUGAGGUCAGACAAA